AUGCCCGAAAUGAAUGCUACAGCACUCGACGCUCUCCGGAGCCGUUUAAAGACUGCGACUAUCUAUGCACCUGAAUCAGAGGGUUACAAAGACGUUUUAGUCCGCUGGUCGAAUACUGGAAUGAAAUAUGCGGGCGUUGUAAUCCAACCCAUUGACACGCUUGAUAUCUCGAUCGCGCUGUCCUGGGCACAACAGUACGAUGUUGAUCUUGCUGUGAAAGGUGGAGGCCAUUCAACGGCCGGCACAAGUUCGAGCGAUGGUGGCCUGGUCAUUGAUCUGUCGCGCAUGAACCAAGUGACGGUGGAUACUGAGCGGAAGACCAUCACCGCCCAGGGUGGAGCAACCUGGAAGGAAGUCGACGAAGCCGGUGCAGUCCACAGUCUGGCGGCCGUAGGGGGCACCGUAAAUCACACCGGCGUUGGAGGACUUACUCUGGGAGGUGGCUAUGGCUGGCUGAGCGGACAGUAUGGUCUUACUAUUGACAAUCUCUUGUCAGCCACAGUCGUUUUAGCCGAUGGUCGUAUUGUUACUGCAUCUGCGACCGAGAACGUCGACUUGUUUUGGGGGUUGCGAGGCGCAGGCUACAACUUUGGCGUCGUGGCAGACUUCACCUACCAGGCCUAUGACCAGAAGGAUCCAGUGUACUCCGGCCUUCUUGGAUUCACUUCGGGUAAGCUCGAGGGAGUUAUGGAUGCACUGAACAAUUCCCUGGCAAAACCCGACUCUCGCUUUGGUGCGAUCUGUAUCUUUGCCUUGGCACCAGAUGGAUCUGGGCCGAUGAUCAUUGUAAUUGGCUUCUACAACGGCCCACUCGAAGAAGGCCAAAAGAGAUUCGCUAGCCUUACAGCUCUUGAGCCAGUUCUGAACACUCUUGACAUGGUCCCAUACUCCGUGGUGAAUACUCUACAGAACCCCCAAGCGACCUAUGGUGAUCGAAAGUCUUUCAAGGGAAUUUUCUACGAGCCGCCAUUGGAUCCUCACUUUGCGAGAGUGAUAUUCAAUGAUUUCAUUGCCAAGAUCCGGAGUGAACCAGAUCUCAAGACGUCUGCCAUCAUUCUCGAAUUUGUCGACAUGCGCAAGAUUUGUGAAGUGCCGCUGACUGGAACCGCGCUAGCAAGCCGAAAUCCUACUCAGAAUGGGAUCAUCUAUUUAAGAUGGACCGACUCAUCCAAAGAUCUAGAGCACCGCACUUGGGCACGAGAAGUUCAGUCCAAGUGGAAAGUGAAAUUGGAUGCCAGAACCAAAGACCAGGGUGUGGAUUCGGGCGUGCCUCAGUACAUCAACUAUGCAGAACCUGGUGACUCGGUGGUAAGCAAUAUCUACGGCGAAAAUCUUCAGAGACUGCAAGAGGUGAAAGCGAAGUACGACCCAAAGAACGUUUUCCACAAAAUGCAACCAAUUCCAAUGGGCGCAGACUUGAAAAAGUGA